UACAUUUGUCUGAGGUGUGCGGUUUGUAUUUGAUAUGAAUGAGGGGUGUUACUUAGGGGCAGGUCAUUGAAGUGUGAAGACCCCUUAUAUUUUAACAAAGCGUUUAUUGUUUAUUGUAUAGAAUUACAUUGCGUCAGCGUGUUCUAUGACGGAAGUUUUUUUCCCGGCGUUGUUUUUGUAAGGCGUGAGUCCUUGUGGCGUUCCUUGCAAAAGCGAAAAGUCCACAUUUCCACCCGCUGUGUAACAUUCUGAAAGGGGCAGUCACUGGGGAGCCGGCUCAGAGACAGUGAGGUCCUUGUGUUCAACGCUGCGUCAACAGGAAGAGAAGCAGGACUUCCAGUAACCUGGGAACCAUCAGCAAAAUGAAACGACGCCAUCAUUAAGACAGUCAGAUGAUGAGGGUUUUUAUGCCACUGUUUGAGGAAAAAGUAUUCAUCCAUCGUCUUUCAAAAUUUACAUGAAUCCUGCAAAAUGGGCACACCACAGUGGACAGGUAUUCCUUAUCACCAUCGCGGCCUAUCUGUUCAACCCUUUCUUCAGCGGGCUCUACAAGAACCCGCUCCGGGAGUGAGAGCAACACAGGGAAAACAGGAGCUACAGACUUCAAUCUGCGCAAGGGGAUCGCAAGCAUGGCAAGCCCGGACGAGCUGCUGGAAGCGGUGGACCUGCACUGCUACUCCAAUAACCGAGCCCACCACACUGAUGAGGUGGACACUGAGAGGCUGGUGCUGCGCAGGGGCCAGCCCUUCACCCUCACUGUGAAGUGCAGGACCCAGCCGCUGCAGCACCUCAUCGAGCAGCUGACCCUCGUCCUCCACGUCGGGAAGGAUAGCGGGACAGGAAUCAAAGUGAGCGGCUCUGAAGCCAGGUCUGAUAAGUGGAGGCUGAGUGUGCAGCCAGCGCAGAGAGAGCUCCUGGUGACGGUGAGCAGCCCUGCCAGUGCACCUAUAGGCCUGUACAGGAUGGACGUAGUGCUGCACUCCCAGGGGGGGCAGGUACUACAGCAGAUCCCAGCAGGACACUUCUACCUUCUCUUCAACCCCUGGUGCAAAGAUGAUCCAGUGUUCCUGCCGGACGAGGAGAUGCUGCAGGAGUAUAUCCUGAACGAAACGGGGCUACUCUACCAGGGAUCCUGGGAGAACAUCCACGCAGUGCCCUGGAAUUUCGGACAAUUUGAGAGGGACAUUGUGGACGUGUGCUUUGAAAUCCUGGAUAACAGUCUGUCAGCGCUGAAGGACCCUGGAGCUGAUUCUCUGCAGAGGAGCGAUCCUGUUUAUGUCAGCAGAGUGGUGACCGCAAUGAUCAAUGCGAAUGAUGACAAGGGCGUGCUGCUGGGGCGCUGGAGCGGGGAUUACUCUGGGGGCACCUCCCCGACCCGCUGGACUGGCAGCGUGCCUGUCCUGCGCCAGUGGAGUCGGAGCGGGGGGGAGAGGGUUCGAUACGGGCAGUGCUGGGUCUUCACUGGGGUCGCCUGCACAGUAUUGAGGUGCCUGGGCAUCCCCACUCGAUGCAUUACUAACUACUCCUCCGCUCACGACACUGAUGGCAACCUCCAAGUGGACCGGUACUACAGCGAGACCCUUGAGUCUCUGCCAGACAAGAGGAACGACAUGAUCUGGAAUUAUCACUGCUGGGUGGAAUCGUGGAUGGCUCGUCGAGACCUCCCUGCUGGCUUCGAUGGCUGGCAGGUGCUGGACCCCACCCCCCAGGAGAGGAGCGAUGGUAUAUACUGUUGUGGCCCGUGUCCUGUGAAAGCUAUUAAAGAAGGCAACAUUGACCUCAAGUACGACGCCUCGUUCAUCUUCGCUGAGGUGAAUGCAGACCUCGUGUGCUGGAUUGUGGACAAGAAGGGCAGCUGCUCCCAGACUGCUCUGCAGUGCCACCAAGUGGGCAGGAGUAUCAGUACAAAGAGCGUGCAUGGAGACAAGAGGGAGGACGUCACGCAGCACUACAAAUAUCCUGAAGGCUCUGCCAUGGAGAGAGAAGUGUACGCGAAGGCUGGGCUGAAAAACUCUGUCUUGAAUUCCAUAGAGAAGAGUCUGCAGAUCGGUAUCAAACACGUGCAGGCAGUCAACGGCAGCGACUUCGACAUCUACGUGGAAGUGUCCAAUAAGAGCUUCGAGGACAAAGACAUCGGGCUGACGAUCGUAGCGAAGACCGUCACUUACAACGGCAUCCAGCUGCAGGAGUGCCACAGGAAGACCUCCGCGUUCUCAGUGAAGGCGUCUAACGCUAAGAAGGAAGUGCUGAGACUGAAGUAUGAACAUUAUGGGCAGCAUCUCUCUGAGCACCACCUGAUCAGGAUCACAGCCCUGCUGGAACAGAAAGGGAGGGGCGAGGUGAUCCUGCACGAGCGCAACAUCUCUCUCAGCACCCCACAGCUGGCUGUCAAGAUCAUUGGCGAGCCUGUGGUGUCUCGGAAACUCACGGCACAAAUCACGUUUGUGAACCCCUUGCCCAUUACACUGAGCGAAGGGGUUUUCACCAUUGAAGGCGCUGGAUUGACAGACAUGCAGGAGAUUCAAUCCCCAAAAGAGAUCAAACCGGGUCAGGAAGUGACCGUGAGCGUUUCAUUCAAGCCAACCAAACCCGGACUGCGCAAACUACUGGUGGACUUUGACACCAACAAGCUGAGAGACGUCAAAGGUUGUGCCAGCGUUAUUGUGCGUGGCAAGAAUAUGUAAAGCAGCAGCACCCGCGUUGCAAAAACAGGGCACAAAGUAUGAAAAAAUAUACCGACUAAUAUAUCAACUAAUGCAUAAAGCUCACUGAUUUACCUGGGGGUUGUUUUACUCUUGAGACUGAAGUCUCUCUCUGUUGCACAGGGCAGGGGCAGCACAAGCAAAUGUGCUCAACUGUGUGAUGGGUUUGUGAUCUGGCCUAUAGUAGACUGGGCCCCAGGUCAUACAUCUGGAAACCAAGCAGUAUGUAAAGGUGAAAGCCUUGAGCGUGCUGUCCCUAUCGCUUCACGUCAUUUCAUUAUCUUACUGACUAACCUAAACUAGGCUGAACUGCACAAUCUAUUCACUGAUGCUAAUCCUUAGUUACCUCAGUUUGCAAACUACAGCAGUUAGAAAUCUGUAACGUAUGUAAACCAGGGCAUAAGCGUGCUUUGUGUUGUUCCCAUAACAACCACAUGUUUACAGCAUUUAAACACGAGAGCGUUUCUAAAGCAACCCUGAUUAUAGUCACAGCCACUUUUAUACUCACUGUAUGAUCACAUCCAAUACUGUCAGCCCCUCAAUACUGUAUGUUCAUGUAUUGUGCAUGUAGUGUGUAUAGUAUGCCUAGUUAUGAAUAUGAAUUAUUAUAUUAAAGUGUGAAUGUUGCCCUUUGCUGUUGUUGUGUUUGUGAUUUGGCAUGCUGUUUAACGGGACGGGUCGAAGACAUGAGAAUUCUGCAUGUCUGCAGGUAAGGAUUGCCUAAAGAUGUUUUAGAUUAACACAGACGUUCUCUCUAAAACAAGCAUCGUUCUCGUAGAUGGUUAUGAAUGGGAUUUUACUUACUGAUUAGAGGCAAAUGUUGUCAUUUCACUUCUUUCUUAUAUUAUUGUAUUUAUAAAGGAAUGUAAUAUUUUGCACAUGUCCAGUUAACGGUGCAUUAAACAUUGAAGGGUUUCACUGUUAUAUACAGCUAGAUCUCUCUGCAGGCGUUUCUUAGUCUAAGAAAGGCAGGAUGAUGUGACAGUAAUUUAAAGUACUGUACACAAUUUGGAUACAAAGAUCAACAAGAAUGACUCAGAAAACCAAUGUUUGCUAAUAUU